UUUAUUACAUAAAUAUAUAUGUUUUACCCUAAAAUAAUAAAUUCUAACAAAAUCAAGGGAAUUCGAUGAUUAACCAAAGGCUUCAGCCAAUAGCAAAUAGCUCAUCCCUAAAAAUAUAAUGAAGAUUGAAGGGAAAGGAGCAGGAAGCAAGACUCUCCCUUUCUCAUCGCCUUAAAAUCCUUGAGAGCUCUGUUUCUUCUUUCUCCUUUCAGGGUUUCAUUCCUCUCUUUUCAACCUUCCGUUUCUCUUUGCAGAUGGAAGAUUAGAUCCACUCUUGUUACAACCAUAUCUGCAAUAGCGGAUUGAGCUCGCUGCCUUGGCAAACCCUAGAUCCAAUUAUUCAAAUUACCCAAGAUCCCCUCUCUUUUAUUUGAAUUUCAAUUAGAACCCCAACCAUGGUUGGCGCUACUACUCACCAUCAACAACAACAACAACAAGCCCCUCAAUUGGCUCCUCCGUCAUCGUCAUCAUCAUCGGCAGCUCCGACAACUUCACCAGAGGAAGACGAGUUCUUGAAAAGAAACACCGAUUGCGUUUACUUCCUUGCUUCUCCCUUAACCUGCAAAAAGGGAAGUGAGUGUGAGUAUCGCCAUAGUGACAUUGCAAGAGUCAACCCUAGGGAUUGCUGGUAUUGGUUAAACGGGAACUGCUUAAAUCCAAAAUGUGCUUUUCGUCAUCCUCCUCUUGAUGGAUUACUGGGAGCUGCUGAUGUUUCAACUCCCAUGGCAGUGGCACCACCAACUUCUUUACCUACACUAACACCACAUCCUGCUCCUUAUCCUACACCCAAACAAGGAGUUGCCUGUAUCUUCUUCCAGAAGGGUUUCUGCUUGAAAGGACAUUUAUGCCCUUUCUUACACGGGCCACCAAAUUCAGUCAAUAACAAACCCGCACAACCCGGGUCAGCUAACCCGGUCACCGACCCUCCUAAGAUGUCCAUUCAGGACCAGAAGUUUACACCACCGGAAACCGCCCAAAAGCCGGUGGAAUUCAAAGGCAGACAACCACCACCUCCCGCCAGAAACGGUGGUAAUAAAAGAGAACGUGUGGUUCUGCCACCUGUUAUGGGUGAAACCCUGCCUACUAACCCUAACCCUAGUGUUAACCAUGGUUACUAUGUAUCAGAAAACGAGAGAGUUUUGAAUGUGAAAGAUGCUGAUGAAUAUUCUAGAGAUCCUUCCCCUGGUUUUGAUGUUCUUGUGGACAAUCAGGUUGAAGAUUCUGAAUAUUAUCGUGAAAAUGAUGAAUUUGUAAGAUCAAGAGGUCAAGAUUAUGAUGUUGACCAUGAUCAUCGUGAUUUUGACCAUUAUAAUGAACGUGAAGGACAGUUUGCAUGGGAUGAGAGUAGAGAAUCUUCCGGAAGGAUGUUGGUGGGGUCCGCUCAUCAAGAAAGAAGACCGUAUCCUAGAAGUGAUAGCCCUGAUCACUUAGAUUUGCGCCACCGUAUAUCAAACCAACGAAGGGUUUCCGAAAAUACCCUCGACCGGAGGCCAAGGAGGGAUAGCCACCACCACGACCACCACCACCACAACCGCCGCCAGGAACAGGGUGGUGCUCUGAGUAGCCGGCUUAGAGGAAGAAUCAAGAUUCCGGGAAGGUCGGUGUCUCCGAGUAAUGAAAACAGUUCGAGGGUAGAAAGGGAAAUUGACAUGGGAAGAAGGCAUCAAUCAAGAUACUCACCUGGAAGACCUUUGUCUCUUAACUCUAGGGUUAGGGACAGGAUAAAGGAUAACAAUGGUGAUAAUGAUACAAAGUUUGCUGGACCAAAAAGAUUAUCAGAGUUAAAAAGUGGAAGAACAAGUGAAGUUCUUGAAGAUGGAGAAAUUUUGGGAAAAAGAAAGUACCCAAAAGUGGAGGAUAAUUUGUCAUUUGAAGGACCAAAGCCUCUUAGUGAGAUUUUGAAGCGAAAAAGAAGGACUGAUAGUGAUAACCGAAUUUCUUCUGUGAUCAUUGAAGAAAAGAAUAAAAAAGAAGAGAUUGUAAAAGAAGAAGAACACAUUGUUUUGAAUGAUUUUGAAGCAGAAAAGCAAACAGAAGAAGAUGGGAAAUCGUAUGCAAAUGAUGAAGUGAAUGAAGGUGAGAUGGUGGAUGAAGAUGCAUUGCUUGAUGAGGAGCUUGAAGGUUAUGAUGAUCAUGGAGAUGGAGAUUAUGAGUAUGAUCAGAUUGAUGGUGAAGAAGAUUAUAACUUGGAUGAAGGUGAAUUUGUUGAUGAAGAGUAUGAAGAGAAAGAACUUGUGGAAAAUAACUGA